GAGUUUUUCAGACACGACAAACCAAACACAUAGAGAGUUUCUGCGGAGAAGCUCCAUUGAUGACGGAAACUGGUGAUCAUACUUCAGUUCCGGCCAGCGUGGUCAGGCAAAUCCCAUUUCUUGUUAUCUUCAAAGAUUUAACACAUGUAUUCAGUAAGGAUGCAAUUGGACGAGAGAUAUUAGGCAUAGCGUUUCCAGCGGCUUUAGCUUUAGCUGCUGAUCCAAUAGCCUCCCUGAUUGACACCGCUUAUAUCGGACGUUUAGGAGCGGUUGAGCUAGCAGCAGUUGGAGUAUCUAUUGCUAUAUUCAAUCAAGCUUCUAGAAUCACGAUAUUCCCAAUUGUGAGCGUUACAACUUCCUUUGUCGCUGAGGAAGACACGAUGGAGAAGAUGAAAGAAGACGAAGCAAAGAAAACCAGUCUUGUUCAUGCAAAUACUUUAGCUGUUCAAGAUUCAUUGGAAAAAGGCAUUGCGUCACCCACAAGUAACAACAUGAACCAGCCGCAGCAGCCGCCAGCUUUAGCUACAAAGUCAAGCAGCGGAACCAAAGCAAAUAAGAAGGGAAAGAAGAAUAUCAAAUCGGCAUCAACGGCUAUGAUCAUAGGACUAAUCCUAGGCCUUUUGCAAGCUAUAGUUUUGAUUUUCAGCUCAAAACUGCUCCUAGGUGUCAUGGGAGUGAAACCGAAUUCAGCAGUGUUAUCACCAGCUCACAAGUACUUAACCAUACGAUCACUAGGUGCUCCUGCAUUGCUUCUAUCACUUUCAAUGCAAGGCAUCUUUCGUGGCUUCAAGGAUACCACAACUCCUCUCUAUGCUACUAUUGUAGCAGAUGUUAUUAAUAUCAUUCUCGACCCUAUUUUCAUCUUUGUGCUUCACCUUGGUGUCAGCGGUGCGGCCAUUGCCCAUGUCAUUUCUCAGUACUUCAUGACUCUAAUAUUGUUCAUUCGCCUCGCGAGUAAAGUUAAUUUGAUGCCACCAAACUUUGGAGCUUUGCAGUUUGGAAAGUUCCUUAAAAAUGGUGGAUUACUGCUGGCAAGGACCAUAGCUGUAACGUUUUGUCAGACACUAGCAGCAGCAGUGGCGGCUCGGCUCGGAACAACACCAAUGGCUGCUUUUCAGAUAUGUUUACAAGUCUGGUUAACUACUUCUCUCCUUGCCGAUGGUCUUGCCGUAGCUGGUCAGGCGAUUUUGGCUUGUUCUUUUGCCGAGAAGGACUACAACAAAGUGUCUUCUGCUGCAUCCCGUGUUCUACAGAUGGGAUUUGUGCUAGGACUUGGACUGUCCCUUUUCGUUGGACUAGGACUAUACUUUGGUGCCGGAAUAUUCACUAAGGACCCUGCCGUUAUUCACCUCAUAGUGAUUGGAAUACCGUUUGUGGCAGCAACACAGCCAAUAAACUCACUUGCUUUUGUGUUGGAUGGAGUCAAUUUUGGAGCAUCUGAUUUUGCUUACACUGCUUACUCCAUGUUAGGAGUUGCGGGCAUAAGCAUAGCAGCAAUAAUAUACAUGGCAAAGUUCAACGGUUUUCUUGGAAUAUGGAUAGCUCUUACGAUCUAUAUGGGCCUCCGAGCUAUUACUGGAAUUGCCAGGAUAGCAACAGGAACUGGACCUUGGAGAUAUUUGCGUGGACGGUCUCCUUCAUCUUCCUAGGACUUAGUUUAUAACGAGAUGCAUCUUUUUCAGCCUUUCUUCGUUUUUGG